AUGGCAUUUCAAGUGAAUUGCAGUAUUGAGAGGAGGCCCACCCUCUCACACAACUUGGAUCACUUCAAGACCUUAUUUUCUUCUGUUUUCAAGCCAAUCCUAAGAGAAGUGCAACAAGUACACAUGCACAUAGAUGUUUCCAGAACAAUGAAGAAUUCUUCUGCGAAAAUACUGGACGCCUUUGUGGAUUCGGUGUUUGAGUUUUCUGACCAGCCAUUGCUCCCUUCUCAGGAUAACUUUUCUCCCGUCAACGAGUUGAAAGAAGCCGUUCUGAUUACUGAGAUUGAAGGGGGAAUUCCCGAUAGUUUCCGUGAAGGUGUCUACAUCAGAAAUGGACCGAACCCCCUUUUUGGAGGACUGAAAUUGACUAAGUCCGUGUUUGGAAGGUCAAGUCACACUUGGGUGGAAGGAGAAGGAAUGCUUCAUGCUUUGUAUUUUAAUAAAGAUGGCGAUGGGAGGUGGAAUGUUGUGUACAAUAACAGACAUGUUCAAACCGAAACGUUCAAGCUAGAAAAGCAAAGAAACAAGCCUUCUUUUCUACCCGCCAUUGAAGGCGAUUCACCCGCCAUUUUGUCUGCUUAUCUGCUUAAUUUGUUGAGAUUUGGGAUGGUAAACAAGUAUAUAAGCAACACCAACAUUUUCGAGCAUUCGGGGAAAUACUACUCAGUUGCAGAGAACGAUGUGCCUCAAGAGAUUGACAUUUGUACUCUGAAAACUUUAGGCAAUUGGGAUGUGAAUGGAGCAUGGAAACGGCCAUUUACCAGCCACCCAAAGAGAGCUCCAGGUAGCGGAGAGCUGGUUAUUAUAGGGGUGGAUGCUGUUAAACCUUUCCUCGAAGUGGGGUUGAUUUCUGCUGAUGGAAAGAAAUUGAUUCACAAAGUGGAUCUCGGACUGAACAGGUCUAGCCUUAUUCAUGACAUAGGGGUCACCCAGAGGUAUCUUGUGAUUAUGGAUUUUCCGCUGACAAUAGACAUAAAAAGACUUAUUCGUGGAGGCCCAUUAAUAAAGUACAAUAAGGAAGAAUAUGCAAGGAUUGGGAUAAUGCCUCGGUAUGGCGAUUCUGAUUCAAUCAAGUGGUUUGACGUUGAACCCAAUACCACAUUUCACAUUCUCAACAGCUUCGAGGACGGUGAUGAGGUUGUGGUGUGGGGGUGUAGAGCCCUUGAUUCAAUCAUACCGGGGCCGGAUAUGGGUCUGAAUAAAUUUGAGUGGUUUUUCAGAAGAUUUAAACCUAUAAAUUGUAAAGAGGAAAAAAAUCCUAGUAACUCAACAGAAGAUGGAUCCCUAUUUACUCGUUGUUACGAAUGGAGAUUAGACAUGCAAACUGGAGAAGUUAGGGAGAGAAAUCUCACAGCAACAGAAUUCUCUAUGGAGUUUCCUAUCAUCAAUGGAAACUUUACAGGAGUUAAAAAUAAAUACGGAUAUACUCAAGUUGUUGAUUCCAUUGCGAGCUCUACCUCAGGCAUGAUGAAAUUUGGAGGUCUAGCCAAACUACACUUUGAGGAGCCAGAUCAGGAGGAGCUGAUAAAGGUGCAAUAUCAUAUGUUUGAGGAGAAUACCUUUUGCUCUGGUGCUGCUUUUGUCCCCAAAGGAGCAGGUUCUUCUGAAGAAGAUGAUGGUUGGAUCAUCACUUUUGUACACAAUGAAGAUACUAACAUAUCUAAAGUUUAUAUAAUUGAUACAAAGAAGUUUUCCGGGGAACCUGUUGCCAAGAUUACUUUACCUUGCAGAGUUCCAUAUGGAUUUCAUGGAGCUUUCAUGCCAAUCAGCUCAUUGCAAACUCGAUGA